UACUUUACUACAGGUCUAUAUGAUUGUGUUGCAGCAGGCCCUACUUUACUACAGGUCUAUAUGAUGUGUUGCAGCAGGCCCUACUUAACUACAGGUCUUUAUGAUGUGUUGCAGCAGUCCCUACUUAACUACAGGCCUAUAUGAUGUGUUGCAGCAGGCUCUACUUUACUACAGGCCUAUAUUAUUGUGUUGCAGCAGGCCCUACUUUACUAUAUGAUAAGUUGCAGCAGGCCCUACUUAACUAUAGGUCUAUAUGAUUGUGUUGCAGCAGGCCCUACUUUACUACAGGUCUAUAUGAUUGUGUUGCAGCAGGCCCUACUUUACUACAGGUCUAUAUGAUUGUGCUGCAGCAGGCCCUACUUUACUACAGGUCUAUAUGAUUGUGUUGCAGCAGGCCCUACUUUACUACAGGUCUAUAUGAUGUGUUGCAGCAGGCCCUACUUAACUACAGGUCUUUAUGAUGUGUUGCAGCAGGCCCUACUUAACUAUAUUAUGUGUUGCAGCACUAGAACCCAAUCACCAUUCACUCUCCUCCCUUUCUUUUCUCUCCUCCUUUUCUCUUCUCUCCUCUCUUUCGCGACAGCCUGCCCCGGCCAAACCCUCCUCUAACCGGCUGACGCUGGGCCAAUUCUGCGCCGCCCUAUGGGACUCCCGAUCACGGCCGGUUGUGAUAUAGCCCGGGAUCGAACCAGAGUCUGUAGUGACGCCUCUAGCACUGAGAUGCAGUUCCUUAGACCACAGGGCCACUCGGAAGCCUAUAUACUGCAUCACUAGAAACAAGUGUGAUGGUUCUCCUUCAGUUCCCCGGGCUGCGCCUGCUUCUCCCCCUCCUCCUCUCCUCCUCCUCCUCUCCUCUCAGUGUGAUGGUUCUCCUUCAGUUCCCCGGGCUGCCCCUGCUCCUCCUCCCCCUCCUCCUCCCCCUGUCCUGUGAUGCCUGUCCAUCAGGAUGUCACUGCUACAGCCUGACUGUAGAGUGUGGAUCUCUAGGACUCAGAGAGAUCCCACAGAGAGUUCCUGACACAACACAGACCGUAUUCCUGCAGGAUAAUGCUAUUGUCCACAUCCGUCGUUUGGACCUGUCAGGGCUGGACCGGCUGCUCUACCUCUACCUGCAGAACAACAGCAUCUCAGCCUUGGAGCCUGGGGCUUUCCUGGCUCAGGGCCCGCUGAUAGAGUUAGCCCUCAAUGGGAACCUCAUCCACCUGCUAACCCCCGACACCUUCACCGGCCUGGUCCACCUCCGCAUCCUCUAUCUGGCGGCCAAUCAGAUCACACGGCUGCAUGAUCACACCUUUACUGGGCUGCAGAGUCUACAGGAGCUACACCUCCAGGAGAACAGUAUAGAGGUGCUGGGUGACCAAGCUCUGGCUGGACUCUCCUCCCUGGCUCUCCUGGACCUCAGCAGGAACCAGCUCCACACCCUCGGACCAGCCUCCCUACAGCCCCUCGUCAGCCUGCAGGUCCUCAGAGUCACAGAGAACCCGUGGCGGUGCGACUGUGCGCUCCAGUGGCUGAGGUCGUGGAUCGAUGCUGAGGGUCAGAGGUUUCUGAGCUGGUCAGAGCGUCGUCUGCUGUGUGCCGAACCCCCCCGCCUGGCCUACCUCAGUCUGCUGGAGGUGGCAGCUAACAGCCUGGUGUGUAUCCCUCCUGUGUUACACCUGGAGCCCAGCCAUCUCACCGUGCAGCUGGGAGAGAGUCUCAGAGUGGCCUGUCAGGCCUCUGGAUACCCCCGGCCCCUGGUCACCUGGAGAAAGAUCUCAAUGGGCAGGGCACUGCUAGGACCCAGAGGACUGCUGCAGGAGCUGGGAGGAGAGGGGGUGAAGAGGAGACAGGAGCUGGGAGGAGAGGGGGUGAAGAGGAGACAGGGGCUGGGAGGAGAGGGGGUGAAGAGGAGACAGGAGCUGGGAGGAGAGGGGAUGAAGAGGAGACAGGAGCUGGGAGGAGAGGGGAUGAAGAGGAGACAGGAGCUGGGAGGAGAGGGGGACAUGAGGAGACAGGAAAGAGGAGGAGGGGUAGCAAGGGAUGUGCGGGGGCCAGUUGGUGUGGCGACAGAGGAGGAAGUGGAGGGGGGAGAGAGGGAGAGCUUCGACCCAGACACAGGAAGUGGAAUGCUGUACCUAAGCAAUGUGACGGUGGCUCACGCCGGGCACUACGUGUGCGAGGCCUUGAACCCUGGGGGCGUGGCCCAUAUGACCUUUCACCUCGCCAUCAACAUGACAUCAUCAACCGCACUCUGGCCUCGGCUGCACUCCGCCUCGUCGUCCCUCUACCUGGGGGAGGUGGUCGGGGUCAGCCAAGAGCCCCUGUACGAGGUGGGCAGUAUGGACUUCUCGGCUCUGGGCCCGGCCACUCAGACAGUCAUCGCAGUGAGCAUCUCUCUGCUGGUUCUGAUUGUUCUGCUUCUACUGCUUAUGAUCUACAGUCGCCAGCAGCAACACAAACAGCCAUUCUGCAGCAGUAGUAGAAGCAGCAGUAAGGAAGAGAGGAUCCUGUACGUUAAUAACUACUCAGACGGCCCCACCAUCUUCUCUCAGCUGGAAGAGAACCGUGAAGACGCUGGACACGAGAGGUACAUCCUCAACUGCUCCUGCCCCGGCUCCGCCCUGCCAACACAUGCAGGGCUCCUAGCCAAUCAGCAGGGGGUGCUGGUACGACAGGAAGGUAUUCAUGCCCAGGUUAGGAAGAUGGUCUACGAGAUCCACUGCUGAGAGGAGAUCCAGUGCUGAGAGGAGAUCCACUACUGAGAGGAGAUCCACUGAGGGGAGAGAUCCACUGCUGAGAGGAGAUCCACUGAGGGGAGAGAUCCACUACUGAGAGGAGAUUCACUGAGGGGAGAGAUCCACUACUGAGAGGAGAUCAACUGAGGGGAGAGAUCCACUACUGAGAGGAGAUCCACUGAGGGGAGAGAUCCAUGGAAAGGGAUAGUUAAGAGGAAUAUAUAUAGUGCUGAGAGUAGAUUUUUAAAGAGAUGUGACGGUUUCUCUCUAAACACACCCUGAAGAAUGGUUAACUCCACAGAAUAAAUAAUGGUUAACUCCACAGAAUAAAGAAUGGUUAACUCCACAGAAUAAAUAAAUGCUCUGGAAAGAGAUUCUCGUCCUGAGAUCUGCUUUAUUGGCCAGGGACAGUACGUUAGUGAGUAAUAUACUCUGAAGCCGAGGAUGGUUUAUACUCUACCGUCUACACACACCAUCCUAUAUAACUACUAUCCUAUAUAACCACUGUCUAUACACACACCAUCCUAUAUAACUACUAUCUAUAGACACACCAUCCUAUAUAACUACUGUCUAUAGACACCAUCCUAUAUAACUACUGUCUAUACACACACCAUCCUAUAUAACUACUAUCCUAUAUAACCACUGUCUAUAGACACACCAUCCUAUAUAACUACUGUCUAUAGACACACCAUCCUAUAUAACUACUGUCUAUACACACACCAUCCUAUAUAACUACUGUCUAUACACACACCAUCCUAUAUAACUACUAUCCUAUAUAACCACUGUCUAUAGACACACCAUCCUAUAUAACUACUGUCUAUAGACACACCAUCCUAUAUAACUACUGUCUAUACACACACCAUCCUAUAUAACUACUAUCCUAUAUAACUACUGUCUAUACACACCAUCCUAUAUAACUACUGUCUAUAGACACCAUCCUAUAUAAUUACUGUCUAUACUGUCAAUACACACCAUCCUAUAUAACUACUGUCUAUACUGUCUAUACACACCAUCCUAGAUAACUACUGUCUAUACAGUCGUCAUGACGUUGGCCUGUUGGGGGAGGUUUAUGACCCCCAUAAAUACCUUUCUCCAUUUUCUUCUCUCUACUCUACCAAUGUGACUAUUGAAAAUAAUUUUGUUAACAUAGAGAGUCUGGUGACAUCAAACCUAUUUCGGUAAUCCAACCAGUUGAAAAUAUGCGUUGGUACUUAAUGAAUAUGAUGUCAGAUCAGUUGGUGCCUGAGACAUUACUGAUAUUAGGACAUCAACUGUAUCUUGGAAAGUCUACACAUUCUAGUUAUCAGAUUUACAUGGAAUUGUUGUGCAAUUUAAAUGUUUAAAUAUUAAACUAUUUGUGAA